UCAUUCACAAAAACAGUUGGAGCGUGGCACGUGAAGUUAACGAACGUGACAAUUCAAAGCUGAAGCAACGGUGAACAACAAAAUCGAACGUUAGUCGAGCGCAAAAAACUUCAACAAAACCAAAAAAAACUCGAUGUAACUGAAAACUAUUAGAAACCUAUUGCAUAUUGAUUGCCAUAAAUAAAGGGAGGGAGGGUAAUGUGGAAAACCAAAACUAAACUAAACAAUCCCAAAACUGAAACUAAAGCAAAAAAGAAAGGAAAAUGCAAAUGUGUUUAUUCGAUUAAAACUCAACGUCUGCCCAUAAAUCCCAUACUUAAAAUAAGAAAAGAAAACUGAGCAAACAAGAAUUUUGUGAAUUAUUUGUGCUUGCUUUGAAGUGCCUUUUCAAGCUCACCCCUCCAAAUUAAAACUUCAGUGUAUUGUCUUUCUUAGGAAAGGGAAGCCAUAACUUGCCAGAUAAAUGAAUGGCAGACAGUAAUUGAUUUACAAUUAAAUUUAUUGCUCUAACAAGUUUUAUUUAACAAAAAAACUAAAAUUCUUAAAGCGUCCCCUCCAUCGCAAACUGUGCAAUAAUUAACGAGUGUCUCAAUUGAUUUGGAUUAAGGAUUUGCACAAUGUCUUUAUCGCUGACAACACGUCGUCGCGACAAGACGUUGUCUAACACUAAAAAUAAGUGGAGUUCACAACAGCAGCUGUCGUCGGCACUGGACAAAAGUCAUCAGCAGCAUCCUCAUCAACCGGUGCGCAAGCAAAGAUCUUUUAUAGAGUCGUCAUCGUCUUCGAAGUUUCAGUCCUCAUGCAACAGCAACAGUGUCGGCAAUAGCCGGCCAAAUUUAACUCGUGGCCUGUCCGUAGGGCGAACCCAGGAUAUUCAACAACGCCUUGGCACCAACAAACAUAUUUUACGAAAAACCUCUUCAAUUAACACCUACAACAGCAACAACGGGCCAGCAAUAAAAUCUCCCCAAUCAAAUGAUUUAAUUAAACGAAAUAUAACAGCAUGUGGCCAACUCGAUAGACCGUCGCGUAGUGUACAGGCCUGGUCAUCGACAUCGUCAAUAUUGAAAUCUUUGGAUAAGGAAUUGGCCCAGCUAAAUAAUAGUUUGGUUAAAUCUAAAGAUAUACGAAACGACAUAGAAAUUGAUAGGCUUUCAAGUAUUUCGAAUGUUACCAAUGGCAGUUUGAAUAAACCCACUAGCAAAACCAAAACCGAUUCUGGACUCUCGACGGUGGUAACAGCGGCUAAUACAAAAUCCAACAAAACUUCUUCGAAUACAAACGCGUCUAAGGAAACGGAAGCGAACAAAGUCAAUUUAAGCAUUGUCCUUUCACAUGCUUUGAAUGCAAGCAAAGAGAAUGAUUACAUACUCUGUGAUCCGGGUGAUGAAGAUGAAAGUGAGGAUACCUCAACGGACAGCGAAAAAUUAGGAUACCAGAAUUCUGAAAGAAAAUCUUCUUUACCAAGGGAUAGUAAAAAACCUGAAUCUAUUCUUAAAAAUACCAUUACACCUGCUCAGCAAAGGAGAGCCCUAUAUCAAUCCAGCAAAUAUACGGAACAAAGCAAUUCCAUCCAAACAGCACCCAUUGUCAGUGGUCCACAAUCUCCAAACUCUCAGCUACCUUUUAACUUCCAGUCAGCUUUAACAGUACAAAGGAGAGCACCGUUGGUACGUGCUAUGUCGGCACCAGUACGCAGUAUCGAUGAAAAUUCCAAGGGUUCAUUUUUGGCUAACAAACGCAAACCAAGGCGUCGUAAAUUGAAUACACGCACCAUUACCUGUGAUCGUGAUUCUUCACCAUCCGAUCAUUUGAAUAAUGUCAAUGACUUGAACUUAGACCCAAAAUCUGCCGCCGGCAAAAAAAUUUUGCAACGCUCAAGAUCUGUAGCGCCCGAUGUAAUUACCCUAGUGUCACUGAUAAGUUCGGAAGGCUCCGAUUCCGAAAAGGAAGAUUGCCCCUCAACGCCCACUAACUCGGACUGUAAUAGUCCGACGAGAAGGCCACCAUCUCUAAGGAAAUCAGGAAAAUCUGUUUCUUUCCAGGAGAACUAUCCACCGACAUUUCAAUUUGCCUCGAAAGAAUAUUCGCAUAUGCUUCGCAGAGGUUCCAUAGCGCCUCUGGCAGCACGUAUCAAAUCAAACCGACCACCGACAGCGCCUCCUGUCUCAAUAUUUCAUUCAAACAACAACAACAGCUCAACAAAAUUACCAAAGAAUAUGAAUGAAGAGGACGAAACUGGGGUUCUUGCGGACGAAAACCGUAAUGAUGAAACUCCAACAAACACCACAACAACUACCUCUAAAAAACCUCUCGAGGAGGAAAACUAUCAAUAUCCCGAAUAUGUGCGUAGUAUAAAAGAGAGAGAAUGUUGGAAACUAUUUCAGAAAAUGUCGGCAAAAGGGGUUAACAUCACCUACGAUACCAUAUUGCGUGGCAUGUUAACACCAACAGAGUUUCGCCAAUUGCAGAAACAGCGUGAAGUCGAAGAAGCUAAGGUGCUCAAGGAAAGCGAAGAACUGCUGCCUACCCAAAGCGAUGAACAGGCAAAAGCUAAGAAAAGCCCAUCUAUUGACAAAUUAACAGAAAAUUUGUUGAAGAACUGAAAUCCCCAAGGAAAAAAAAAACAAUUCAUAUUUCUUCUAUUUUUCUACUUUUUGAGAUAUGUAGUGAAGGAGCACUGCCAAAAAUCUCCAGGAUAACUAAAAGUACACCGCCGACAGAUUUUCCUAUAGUUAGCAUAGUUUUGCACGGUAGAAAACGGAAUGUAGGGGAUAUGUUUCCAGAAUUUGCUACAUGGCUGUUUUUGAAUAUAAAAUGGUUCCAAUGCGCCAUAGCUCGUAAUAUCCCUCUCAUUAAAUUCCUAUUUUUUCAAAAACGAAAGCACUUGUUGAACACAUCACCGAACACCAAAAAUUCUUUUUUUUAUAUUCUAGCGUUUUUGGAAAUACUAAAAAUAAUUUUCAAUUAAG